AUGACCAAUCGUGUACGAUCUUUGGCAACUCGGGUAACUGAAAGUCUGACAACAGUUCAAGCAAUUUCGUCAUCUGUUGCAACUGAUAAUGAUAAGAAGAUGAUUGUUGAGGACUCUUCCUUGAAACGAAUCGAAUCAUUCACGUCACAUAUACAUCACUUUACUAUCACAUCGUCUACUAAAGAUCACUCUCUAGAUGAAAACGUUUCAAGUCCGGAAAGUCCAGAAUCAGGUAAUAUUGAGGAUGGUGCCCUGGAGGAGAGCAUAGCGCUUACCAGUGAAGCUGCAACGAACCAGUAUUUUACAUAUGACGUUAAACAUUCACAGCUCAGAAUAACAGUACUUGGUCCCGGUGGAGUUAUUAUCCCGGAAGUGGAUCGACUAAAGUAUUUGAUACCUGAUGGAACAGUUACUGUGAUGUGUUUAACUUGGAAUGUAGCCUCAAGGUCACAGAAUCAUUUGUCGAAAAUUGGGAAAUUGAUUACAAAUAAACGACCUGCAGAUAGAGCUGAUCUGAUUUGCUUAUGUUUUCAAGAGCUUCCAUCAAUAAAUGCAUAUUAUCAUCAAGAAACAGUAAAAUCGUUGGCCGAAGUUGUUGCAGACACACAUCUGAUAUUUUGUUGGGUACGGAAGUGGUCGCAAAUGGUGAUUGUUUUUAUUCGAGAGCCUUUGAUUGCAUACACUUCAACUCCAGAAUGGCAGUUCAUUUCCUGUAGUCCAAUUGUUAAGCCGGUUCGAACGAAAGGAGCGAUUGCCGUUUUCUUUCGGAUUUUCCAAGCAUCAGUUAUUUUUGUAACCUGUCACAUGACUCAUGGACCAGUGUUAAAUCGUAUAUGUGAUUACUCCAAAAUCUGUGAUUCGCUGCGAUUUUCAGCGCUGCCUUGUUCAGGAGUGAAACAAGCUGAUUGUGUUUUCUGGUUUGGUGAUUUGAAUUUUCGGCUUCGAAGUAGGGAGCGAAUUGAUGCAUUGGAUUCACAAAACAAAAAGCAACAAAAUAUGGCAGAUUCCUUCUUCGAUCAAUUACUCAUUGACGAUGAGUUGACACUGGAGAGGUGUAAAGGUAAUAUUUUUGAAGGUUUUAGUGAGGCUUAUAUUAAGUUCCCACCAACGCAUAAGUUUAUUCUUGGUACCAACAAUUAUGUUAACGAUCGGAUUCCAUCAUAUACGGAUCGAAUUUUGUAUUAUGCAAAAGAGUCAAGUCGGAUAAGACCUGCAAAAUAUGAUUGCUUAUGGGAAGAAAAUGCUUCUGAUCACAAACCCGUUUAUGGCUUUUUCACUGUGCGUGUUUUGGAACAACGCUAUUAA